UACAAAGACUCAUUCAUCCAAGAUGUAUCGGCUCUUGGGUGGUUUGAAGGACUAUUUCAAAGUCCAAGACAUUAAGACUGACAAUGCCGUCUUCAGAUUGCACAAUUUAUUCACCACAGCAAUUCUGUUGACAUGCAGUAUGAUCAUCACGGCGACCCAAUUCGUCGGCAACCCCAUCCAGUGCAUAGUCAACGGCAUACCAGUGCAUGUCGUCAAUACCUUUUGCUGGGUCACGUCCACGUUCACCAUGCCCGACGCGCAUAAAAGACAGGUUGGAUUAGAAGUUGUUCAACCCGGUGUAGGCAAUGACUUCGGAGACGAAGAUGCAAAAAAAUAUUAUACAUAUUACCAAUGGGUGUGCUUCGUUCUUUUCUUUCAGGCGAUUAUGUGCUACACACCAAAAUUCUUGUGGGACUCAUUUGAAGGAGGACUGAUGCGCACAAUAGUUAUGGGUUUAAAUGUAGGAAUGUGUCACGAGGAUGAAAAAUGCAAAAAGAAAGAUCUACUUAUUGACUAUCUAAUGAGGCAUCUUAAACAACACAAAUUGUACGCAAUAAGAUACUACGCCUGCGAAGCUUUGUGCUUCGUCAACAUUGUUCUACAGAUGUACAUCAUGAAUAAAUUCUUCGAUGGCGAAUUUAUGUCUUACGGAACCCGAGUUAUGAAUUACUCAGAUAUGCCUCAAGAAGAACGAAUAGACCCCAUGGUUUACGUCUUCCCAAGGGUCACCAAGUGCACAUUCCACAAAUAUGGUGCUUCUGGUACAAUUCAGAAGCACGAUUCCCUAUGCAUUUUGCCACUAAACAUAGUAAAUGAAAAAACCUAUAUAUUCCUCUGGUUUUGGUAUAUAAUUUUGGCAACGAUGCUGGCCGGGCUGGUCAUCUAUAGAAUAGUUAUCUUAGUUUCGCCAUCCGUUAGACCACGUUUGUUGCAUGCCAGAAAUGGAGCAAUCCCUAAAGAAGCAGCAUAUGCUAUUUCUAGGAAAACUGAUGUUGGCGAUUGGUGGAUUAUCUACAUGUUGGGAAGAAAUAUGGAUCCACUUAUUUAGAGAAGUUAUUGCAGAAUUGGCAAAGAAAAUCGAAACGAACAGCAAAGAGACACGAGCGAUGUCCGAGUAAUGAACGAUUUAAAUAAAAUUUUAAGGGCUUAUAUUUACAU